GGUCGGACAUGCGCGAAUCUAAAAUUGGUCGCUACCGGUGGUGAAAUUUCUUUCCCCGUUCUCAUCUUCCCUCGACCGCUUCCGACCGUCUCUUCCGUUUUUUAAAAAGAGAACUGCACGUUGAACUAUGACGUCUCGACGGGUGUCGGAGGACGUCAAGCUGGACUUCAAGGAUAUCCUCAUCCUGCCCUGCAGGUCAGAGCUCAAUUCGAGAUCCGAAGUGGAACUUGUUACGGAGUUAGAAUUUCCACAUUCGAAGCACAGGCUUUCAUGUGUGCCUCUCGCUGCGUCUAACAUGGACUCGAUCGGUACGUUCGACAUGCUGCUCGCCUUGUCGCAGCACAGGCUACUUACUUGCGUUCACAAGUACUACACCGUCGAGGAGUGGAAAGAAUUCGCCGAGGUCAACCCCAACGCCUUGCCAUACGCCAGCGUGUCCACGGGGAUUACGGCAGAGGACCUGAGCCGGCUCGUCGGGGUCUUGGACGUGGCAUCGGAUCUGAAACUGAUUACGGUCGAUGUCGCGAACGGGUACCAGAAGCAGUUUGCGGAUUUUGUCCGUAGGAUACGCGAGGCCCAUCCGGACCACAUCAUAAUAGCAGGUAAUGUGGUCACCUCUGAGCUCGUUCUGGACUUGCACGAAGAAGGAGCAGACGUCGUAAAGGUCGGACUCGGCCCGGGAUCGGUUUGCACGACUCGUCUGCAGACCGGAGUCGGCUACCCUCAGUUUUCAGCCGUCAUGGAAUGCUACGAAGAGUGCAAAGGCUCAGGGGUGAAAAUAAUGUCUGACGGAGGUUGUACAUGCCCGGGUGAUGUGGCAAAGGCGAUUGCCGCCGGAGCGGAUCUUGUAAUGCUCGGCGGUAUGCUGUCAGGCCACGAACAGUGCUCGGGAGAGGUGAAGCAGAAGGCGGACGGAUCACUCGUGAAGACAUUCUACGGGAUGUCUUCCACGACGGCCAUGCUUAAGAGGAACGGAAACGUAGCGUCGUACAGAUGUGCAGAGGGAAAAACGGUCGAAGUACCUUACAAAGGAGACGUGAACGGAACCGUCCUCACCAUUCUAGGAGGGCUGAGAUCCACUUGCACCUAUACGGGAUCGAGGAAACUAUCAGAAUUGAAAGCCAACGCGCGAUUUAUUCGCGUUUCGCAACAGGUCAACCAAGUUUAUGGAGAAGCAAAGUGAAAAUCAAAUAAAGACGAAGACAGACUCAAAUUUAAAUUGUCCUAACUGAUAUGUUUAACAUGAAUAAAGUUUAUUAUUAAAACUUUA